AUGGAGUCACCUGAGGAAUUAUACUCUUCUCUUGUUCAUGCCACCCAUGCCUUUUACUUACGCUACAUCUCCAGGCCUCGCAUUAAACGGCAGACCAGACCCCAUGCGUGGACGCUCGACGGACGUCUGUGCGAGGCAGAGCAAGCGGCAGAGGCGGAUGGUCUACUCUACCAAAAGCAUCCAACAUCACAACAUCUACGCCAGUAUCGAGACUCCAGAGACACCCUGGUGACUCUUCAGCGCUGUGUAAGGACAGAGGUGUGGCACGAUUUCCUGAGCGGCUUAAACCACCAGACGAGCACCAAAUCUAUGUGGCAUGCUAUCAACAGGGUGCUGAAGAGGAAGCCGGCCAGUGCCCUCCAUCACAGCCCAGCUGAGUAUGCUGGUAACCUUGUAACAGCUUGGUCUACUCAGUCCCGUGUUACUAGCCUCCCAGAACAUGUACAACGGGCCCUCCGCCACGGAGCAGAUCGUCGCGCCCUCCGGUUAAUGGCAGCCUUGCUGACGCCAGACGAGGAGGACGAAGUGGAGAUCACUACAGCCGAGUUACAGCGUGCCCUGGCUCGAGGUAAAGCAACAGCUCCAGGCGAUGACGGGAUCACCUACUCGGUUCUCCGUCUUCUCUUCAAAGUACCCGUGCAGCAGCUUCUUGUGGUCUUCUCAUGUCACCUGAUAAGAGCAGAAUCUUUUCCCUGCGCAGUCCAAGACUCCUUCCAGACUUUUCAGUUGGCAACAGUGUCAUCCCGCUGUGCACUCAGUAUAUCUACUUGGGCGCUCCAGUUCACAUCCCUCGAGCCACUCCGGGACGUUGUGUUCACCCUAUCAUUCGGGAUUUCUUGGGUCGCCUCGAGAAGCGCUUCACGCCUCUAAGGACGCUCGCCACCAGAGAGAAGGGUAUAUCAAUCCCGUUAGCCAGGACCAUCU